AUGGCCAACGCACCCACCCAGCCAGGUAUGCGCGAGAGCGGAAGCCCGCUCGCAAUGCUCCUCUCCGAGCCAGAAUUCACUGCUGAGAAGUCGGCGCUGUUUGAUGAGGUCUUCCCCGGGAACUGGGCAGAUAUUGGUAUCGAAUACUUUCGCGAUUGCGAGCUGUGUUCUGCCUACCUUCCGCCCACGGACCCUAGCAGGCAGAUCUACCGCUGUUCAAGGCUCACAUGUCGGGCUCUCUAUCACCACGAGUGUCUCGAGGAGAUGCUUUCUGGAUUGAGGGAGCAGGGUAGCCUCCUCAUACCGAUGGAAUGUCUCCGCUGCGGCACCGGGUGGGAUCUCGACCCGGAUUUUGAGGAGUCGGAGCGUCGCCUUAAGAUCUGGCGCCUUGAUGAAUUACGGCAGAAAAAUAUACAGGAGCUUCAGCGGCUUCGUCAGCAGCAGCUGGGGCAGCAGGCGGCGCAGAAUCAUCCUCAGGUGCAGCAGCAGGCACAGCAGCAGCAGCUACAAGUAACGGUGCAUUCUCCGCAACGUCGGCCUCCUCAAGGUCAGCAGCCCGAGCAGCAUUGUCAGUCUCAGCCCGAGCAGCAGAUGCGGGUGUCUCCUCAGCAGCUUCAGCCUCCGCAGCAGCAGCAGCAGCAGAAGAUACAGAUACAUCCUCUGCAGGGUCGGCCUACUCAGCACCAGAAGCAGAGCCAGCAGCAGGUACAGUUGCAUUCUCAGCAGGUUCGGACUUCUCAACGCCAGAGGCAGAACCAGCAGCAACUACAGGUAUAUCCUCUGCGGUGUCAGCCUUCUCAGCACCAGCAGCAACCUCAGCACCUACACCUGCGCCAGCGGCAGAUGCAACCUCAAAACCAGCAGCAGCAGGUACAGAUGCAUCUUCAGCAGUAUUCUCAGGCACAGCAGAAUCAUCAGCAGCUUUACCAGCAGCAGAUGCAAUCUCAUUAUCAGCUACAGACACAGCGUCAGCUGUAUCAAGCUCAGCACCAGCAGCAAAUACAGCUACAUUCUCAGCGGUAUUCUCAGGCACAACGGAAUCACCAGCAGCAACCUCGGCACCUGCGCCAGUACCAGAAUUUGCAGCAGAUGCAACUUCAGCAUCAGUCACAGAUCCAGCCUCAGCUACAUCAAGCUCAGUACCGGCAGCUGCAGAUGCAACAUCAUUCUCUGAUGCUGCGACAACAUCGGCAGCCGGCGCAAAAUCCAAUUCGGAUGCAGCAGCACGCUCAGAUACAUCAGCCUCUACAAAAACAGCAGCAGCAGUAUCCCCAGCAGGCGCAGCAGCGGCUUCAGAUAAAGCAGCCUCAGCUGCACCCGCCGCAUCCACACCAACUCCCUCGCGGCCUCGAGCCCGAUCGCACUGCACCGACAAAGGCGCAAUCAUUGCCGCAGAAGCCCCGUAAAGACAGGCGUUAUCGUGUGCGUAAGCCUACAAGGAUCCCAGUGAGCUUUGCUCUGAGGGAUGGCCGCUUUCAUUGCACCCUUAUCGUAGACGGGGUGCCUUGUCGCCGGCAUUACGGGUCUGAUGAUAGUUUGUGGCAUCAUCACCGCACGAAGCACGAUGAUAAUUCUACGUGCCCCCACUGCCCCGAUGUGUGCUCCACCGAUAAAAGCCUAUCUAGACAUCUUGCGGCAGUGCAUGGGGUGACUGCGAGGGCUCCUGUGCAUGGGGUGACUCAUCAUGGUACGGCUUCUCAUGGCCCGGCUCCUCAUGGCACGGCUCCUCAUGGCACGGCUCCUCUGCGUAGGAUAGCACCUAAGCAGAGGAGGUAA